CUCGGCGCCUUGCUGCCCCUGGCCUCUGCCCACUUCAAGCUCAUCUACCCUGCCGCACGUGGUUUCGAUGAAGACCUUCUGGUCCAAUUCCCCUGCGGUGGUCAGAACACCGUCAGCUCGAACCGCACUAUGUUCCCCAUCACCGGUGCACCCAUUCAGCUCCUCAUGGGCCACACUGCCGCCAAGGUCCAGGUGCUGAUGGCUCUUGGAAACGACCCUGGCAUCAACUACGACAUCACCCUCGUACCUACUUUCCAGGAGAAGGGCCCUCAGAACUUCUGUAUGGGUGCUGGUGCUAUCCAAUUUCCUGCUGGCUUGAACAUUACCGAUGGCAUGAAUGCUACCAUCCAAGUCGUUACCAACGGUGACCCCAACGGCGGUCUCUACAACUGCGCCGACAUCACCUUCACCUCAACUCCCUUGACUGCCUCCGAGUACAGCGCAGACUGCCAGAACAGCACUGGUGUUACCGCCGAGGCGCUGACCAACGCUGGCAAUGCAAACCAAUCGACCGCUGAUGCCACAGGCAGUGCUGCACCUUCUGGCUCUUCCUCUGCCACUGCUUCUGCCGCCUCUUCUGGUUCUUCUUCCGGUGCCUCUUCUGCUGGCAGUAGCUCCAAGACCUCUACUGGCGCUGCUGCUCAGGCC